AUGAGGCUCGCCGAUAGCGGCCCAGGCGCUCCGACACGCUCCGCCGCCAACCCUCGCCGUGUGGGGACUCGGCCGGCCGCCGCCCCACCAAGAUACCAUCGUGUGGCCGCGCCGCCACCAAGUGAAAACACUGUGCAGGCGCCGCGCCACCCCUACAAGUGUGAGACGCGUGCUCCACACAGCGGCGUGCCCGGGCUGGUGGCCCGCCACCUGGGCGCCGUGUACCCGCGCUUCGCCAGCGUGCGCGCCGCGCUGGAGCGGCAGGCGCGCGACCUGCUGGUGGUCCGCUACCAGGGCCGCCUCGCCGCGCUCGAGGACCUCUUCCUGCGGCCCGCCGCCGCGCUCGCCGCCUCCCUGCUCGCCGAGGCGCGCUCCAAGGUCGUGACGGGCGCACAUGAGGGCGUCGUGCGCGCCGGGGUAAUUGGAUCGUGUGCGGGCCUCGCGCCGCAGCCGGAAGCCGGCGCUGCCGGUGCCUGCCGGCUGCCAGAGGCGGCCGCUCCCACGGCUCCAUCCCCUCGGCCUCGCCGAGGCGCGCCCGCCACCUUCCUCGUACCUUCACCCGGACCGCCGCCCGUUCACCCGCGGCCUCCGUCACGUCACCUGCGCGCUCCCCACUCCACCACACCUCUACUGCGCACACGGCAGCAGUGGCCCGGUGGCGACGACGCCGCACCAGACGCCAAGUGUCCGCCGCUUGGUGGCGCCUGCGGCCCCUCAGCGGACGGCGAGAGUGCUGGUAAGGGGCGGGCAGGCGGCAGCGGCGCAGCCCCGCACCGCGCACUGCGGACGCCGGCCCAGAUAGCAUCUCAGCCGCGCCGCGGCGCUUUACGGCCGGCCCUAAUUGCCGCCAGCGAUCUGAGCUACGUUUGA